CUCGACGUGUGAACAGGAACGUUUGCUUCCUUCUCUGCCCGGGAAGAGGGCCCGCUGGGUGCAGCAGACAAUUAGUGUGCGUGGAACGAAUGCGUCACAGGUGUCCCCUCCACCACCUUCUGGGCCGAAAUGGUACCUCCUCGCGAGGUCUCGCCACACUGCCCCCCAAGGCCGCCAGAGGACGUCCUGCCAAGACGGAAGGUCCCAUAUCUGCGCUGCGCAUUCCGGCAGCCACGAGCACAGCCCUUGAAACGCGGACAGUGCGACCAAGGAACUGAACCGGUGGCCCGUGGUUACCGUGCUGAACGGCGCAGCACCUGUCCCAGGACCUACACACUGCAUCCAUCCGUAGCCGAAGUCCCCGCAGUUGCCACUGCUUCCCUGCAAAGGCUGAGGCCGAGGGGAGAGCAGGGCCCUGCCUCCGGGCGAGCGGCAAGGCUACACCCGCGGUCGGGGAUGGAUCCCGUUCUCUCUGCCGUCCGGCUCUCUGUCCAGGAGGCUGUUCACGUCCUGUCGUCGUCUGAGGAUGGCGGCCACAUCUUCUCCACCCUGGGGUCGCUAAAGCGCUAUCUUGGUGAAACGGAGAACCCAGCCCUUCCAGAGGAGCAGGAGGAGUUUGCCAGGAUCCACUUUCCCACCGUCCUCAGGUGUCUUGUUCGCCGGCUGAGACCCGGCUGGCUGGAGCUGCUGCCCAACCGCCAGCUGGAGCAGCUGUGGGCCAGCUUCUUCCUGACGGGCCCAGCGGACCAGGCCUUCCUGGUGCUGAUGGAGGCCAUCGAGGAUGUGGCCGGCCCCAGCUUCCGUCUGAUGAAGAUGGCACGGCUGCUGGCCAGGUUCCUGAGCACGGGCAGGAUGGCCGCUGUGUUGGAGGGGCAGUGUCGUCAGCAGGCGGAGCCGGCCUUCCCCCUGCUCCAGGCCACGCUCCUUGCCAAGGUGGUGAGCUUGCCUGAUCGCCUGGGCAACCGCCUGCAGCGGGAGAACCUGGCCGAGUUCCUCCCACAGAACUACUUCCCGCUGCUGGGCGAGGAGGUCCUGCGGGUGCUGCAGGGGGUGGUGGACUCGCUCCGAGGUGGCUCGGACUGCUCCGUGUCCUUCCUGUCUCAGGUCCUCGGGAAGGCCUGCGUCCUCGGGAGACAGAAGGAGAUCCUGGGCACGCUGGUGCCCCGACUGACGGUGCUCACCCAGAGCCACUGCCUGUGGCAGCGGGUCUGCUGGCGCCUGGUGGAGCGUGUGCCCGACCGGGCCAUGGAGGCCGUGCUGACCGGGCUGGUGGAGGCCGCCCCAGGGCCUCGCGUCCUCUCGCGGCUGCUGGGGAACCUGGUGACCAAGAGCAAGAAGGCCCAGUUUGUGAUGACCCGGAAGCUGCUGCUCCUCCGGUUCAGCUGCACGAUACCCGUGCUGCAGAGCCUGCUGGGGUACCUGGCCGAGGACAGCCAGCGACGCCCGCUCCUCGUGCAGGCGCUGAAGGAGCUCCUGGAGACAUGGGGCAGCAGCAGCGCCAUCCGCCACACGCCCCUGGCACAGCAGAGCUACAUCAGCAAGGCCACCCUCAUCUGCCUGGCACACCUGCAGGAAGCGGAGCUCCGGGACUGCCGGGCCGAGUUGCUGGCCAGCCUGAUGGCGGGAGUGAAGUGCCGCCUGGACAGCAGCCUGCCCCCUGUGCGCCGCCUGGGCAUGAUCGUGGCUGAGGUGGCCAGCGCCCGGAUCCACCCUGAGGGGCCUCCCCUGAGGUUCCAGUAUGAAGAGGACGACCUGACCCGCGAGAUGCUGGCCCUGGCCGCUCCCUGGCCCGUGACCGACAGUCCCUCGGAGGCGGGCCCGCCUGUGGCUCCCAUCCGUGGAGAGGCCCCUGACAACGAGACCACGGCCAGUGGCGGCCCCCAGGCUCAGCCGGAGGGCUCCGACUCUGAGCUGGACAGUGAUGACGAGUUUGUCCCUUACGACAUGUCGGGGGACACGGAGCUGAAGUGUGGCAAGGCGCCCGCGUACGUGCGGGAUUGCGUGGAAGCUCUGACCGCAUCCGAGGAUUGGGAACGCUGGGAGGCGGCCCUGCGGGCCCUCGAGGGGCUGGUGUUCAGGAGCCCGGCUGCCACGCGGGAGGUGAGCGUGGAGCUGGCCAAGGUGCUGCUGCACCUGGAGGAGAAGACGGCCGUGGCGGGCUUCGAGGGGCUGCGUCAGAGGGCCCUGGUGGCUGUCACAGUCACAGACCCGGCACGGGUGGCCGAGUACCUGACUGCACAGUUCUACGCCCUCAACUACAGCCUCCGGCAGCGCAUGGAUAUCCUGGACGUCCUGGCUCUGGCUGCCCAGGAGCUGUCGUGGCCUGGGCGCCUCGGGAAGGCCCAGCGGACCUCCUUGGGCCCCAGCCCCCAGCCCAGCAGCACCGCGGCUCCCGCCUGGCAGGCGGUGGUGGAGGAGCGCAUCCAAAGCAAGACCCGGCGGUUCUCCAAGGGCUCUGCUGGGCGGGGACCGGCCGCUGUCCCCAAUGAAUUCAACGCAGUGGCUGGCUACUUCUUUUUCCCCCUCAUUCAGCGUUUCGACAAGCCUCUGGUGACCUUUGACCUGCUGGGAGAGGACCAGCUGGUUCUCGGGAGGCUGGCCCACACCUUAGGGGCCCUGGUGUACCUGGCUGAGAACACCUCGGUGGCUGUGCCCAUGGGCAAGGCCCUGCUGGAGUUCGUGUGGGUCCUUCGUUUCCAUGGCGACGGGUACGUGCGCCGGGGCUUGCUGUCUGCCAUCUCCGCCGUCCUUCUCAGCCUUCCAGCCGAGCGGCUGCUGGCAGACCUGCCGGACGAGCUGCUGGAGACCCGGUCCUGGCUGGCAGAUGUGGCCGUGAAAGACCCGGACGAGGACUGCAGGCUGCUGGCGGUGAAGGCGCUGCUGCUCCUGGAGAAGCUCCGAGACAAGCUGCUGGCACUGUCCUCUCCUUAGCGCCUGACCUCCACGCCCUCAGGACCCCCCCCCAACUCCACCACUGGAAGUGAGACGGAGGGGAGGCCGGCCUCAGGGGGACGGGCCGGCCGCAGGUACAGCCACGGAGGCCCUGCCCCAGCCCCGCUGCUGCCGCCCCGGGUCCACACAGGGCCCUGGGCUCUGCCCGCACGGACAGGGGCUGGGACUCCAGCAGGGCUGCUGGCGGUGCAGCUCUGGGCUGGGGGCUUCUGAGUGACCUGCCCCAGCCCCUUCCGUCACCCUAAAGCAGAGUACUUUAAAAGCAACGGCGAGGAACAAUAAAACACAUGCAGCUCUC